AGAGAACGGGGAACAACUGUCGGGGAGGAUGUGCCGAAGAGUUUCUCCAGCUUCACAAUUCCGGACAGUGAUCGGAAAUGACUUUCCAUCUCGGAUCUUGUGAGUGUGACUUUAAGACCGCAAUGUCAACCGAGGUGAGGCUGAGAGAGUUACAAUCGCUGACCCUGGCGGGGAUGUCACUCUGUCCCGAGGGGCUGCUGGACGUUCUCGUCUGCAUGGUGGAGGAGCUGAGCCGCUCCGUUUUGUCGCGAGAGAAACACGUCCAGGAUUUCCUGGCCUGGGCUCGGCCCAUCGCGUGUGAGGUGAAAGCGUUGCAGCUUCAACAGAACGACUUUGAAAUCCUGAAAGUCAUUGGCAGAGGAGCGUUCAGUGAGAUCGCCGUAGUCAGGCUGAAGUACACGGACAGGGUGUAUGCGAUGAAGAGGAUGAACAAGACGGACAUGUUAAACCGGAAGGAGACCGUUCAUUUCCGUGAGGAACUGGAUGUCCUCGUCAAUGGGAACACUCGGUGGAUCACCAGAUUACACCACACCUUUCAGGACGAACACCAUCUGUAUUUCAUCAUGGAUUACUACGCCGGCGGAGACUUCCUCACUUUGAUGGGCAGGUUCGGUGAUCGCUUCCCAGAACCUAUGGCCCAAUUCUAUCUGGCAGAGCUGCUGCUGGCAAUAGACUCUGUCCAUCAGCUUGGCUUCAUCCAUCGGGACGUGAAGCCAGAUAAUAUCCUCCUGGAUGUGAACGGUCACAUCAAGCUCGCUGACUUUGGCUCCUGUCUAAGGCUGGGGGUUAACGGUCAGGUAUGGUCAGCUGUUGCUGUGGGUACGCCUGACUACAUCUCCCCGGAGAUCCUGCGGGCAGUGGAAGACCCCUCGGCGAUGUACGGCCCGGAGUGUGACUGGUGGUCGUUCGGCAUCUGCUGUUACGAGAUGCUCUUUGGACAGACCCCCUUCUACGCUGAGACCCUGACUGAAACCUACAGGAAGAUCCUCAACUACAAGGACAAUCUUCAGUUCCCGGAUUCUGUUCAUGACGUGUCAGAUGAGGCGAGGACCUUUAUCCAGGGCCUGGUUUGCAGUAGGGAGGAGAGGUUGGGACGGAAUGGCAUUGCGGACCUGAAGGGGCACGCGUUCUUCAGGGGCGUCGAGUGGGACGUCAUCGAUAAGAGUGAGCCCCCCUUCGUCCCGACGAUCACCAGUCACACGGACACCUCGAACUUUGAUGUGGAGGAUGAGAAUUUCAGCAGCCCGUCCCUUCCUCAGGGAACGUCCGAACAGGUUUCCCACGGUCUCUUUCCCGGGACACACCUGCCAUUUGCAGGAUUUACGUUUUCCGCGAUCAGGGAAGAAACAUCCAGACAGGGUGACUACAGAGAGGCCGCGGGGGCGAUGGACACGGGGGCGAUGGACACGGGGGCGAUGGACACAGACAAAGAGGGUGCGAGAUCCACAGACAACGCCAAUCAGUUGGACUCCAACGUACAGGGUUUGUUGCAGGAAUUGUCUGGAAUUCCCACACUGGAUCUGUUCCCGCUCCAGUCAGCACCGGUGGAGGAACUGAAGGGCAGAGAGAAUGAUGAUGAUGAACUUCUGAAAGUGAAGACUGCAGACAUGACCACCGAGAGGCUACUCACAAAAGCAAAUGCCAGAAACACAACAUUGGAGGAAGAAUUAAAGAAAGCGACGAGGGAACUGGAAGAAAUGAGAUGCAGAUUAAACCAGGAUUCAGCGCACCUUGAGCUGCGGUGUUUCCCGUUCUGUCCCGAACUGGACAGUCUGUGGGAGAGGCGCUGUGUGUUCACUGCCCCAGUCUCAGAGUCGCCGCUGGUGGUUCCUGUUCUUCGGUAUCUCGUGCUGUUUGCCGGGGUCCUGAAGCCAAUGGGAGCAAUGAAAGGACUCCUCCUCCUGUGGAUAGUGGGGUGCCGUUUGCUGGCGUCUACCUGCUGCCCAGUGGUACCGCCCUGAGAUCCCAUUCCUCUCUCUCAUCGGCCCACUCGGAA